AUGCAAGCCGAUUCAGAGAAAUACAUACAAUCGGUAUCUGAUUUGUACGGGACUGACGAAAUUGACGUCCUACUGGAGGAAAUACGGGAAUUAGAGCCGGCAAAUUGCCGUGCUGAAGAUGUUCAAGAUUUUGAAAUUGCUGGUAGUCGAACAGGAGUGGCCAACUUAGAAUCACCAGCAGUUACUGUUCACUCUUGGGAUUCUCAUGCAAAUUACAGACACCAUACUGGCAAUUCUCCGAAUGGUUCUCUAUUUUCAGGAGUGGUUGUUUAUUGUGAUGAAUCUCAUUUUAAAUCAAUGACAGGAGUAUUAAGAGUUUUAUUGGUUGUGACUUGUAUAGCUUGUCUGGCUUGUCUUUGUUCAUCUGGCACAGUAAAAGUUGGUAUAUUUAUGCUUCCUUUGGCUGGUCGCUUAAGAUUAAUGAUGUUCAUAACAAUAUUUUGCCUGCUGGUUACCUGCUUGUUUCUCUUCUUAGACAUAUCACAUAUUGUCUAUUUAUUUCCAUUUAACUGGGGAAAAGUGAAUGUCAUAAUGUAUUUGUGCAUAAGUUUUAUGUACAUUCUGUCUGCCUCGUUAAUAAUUCACAUGAUACAUUCUGAAAUGUUUUUGUGGGUUCCUAAAGGAUCAAAGAGCCGUUUGUUAGCUACCGGUGUUUUAGGAUACAUUUGCAGUUUAGAAAGUUUACUGAUAUCAUUAAUAACCAAAUCUCAUCGUGUACAGUAUUGUCCAGUUAAUGAAGAAUCUAGUCAUAUGAUGUUACAAGAUACUAUUCAAUCUGAACAAAAUUUAAACAAACAUCGUAAUCACUCUCAGCAUCGACAUACUCCAUAUUGUCCGUCUUCCAAAUGA